AUGGGUAGUCACACGAGUAAGACGAUGAUUUACUCGUGCCGAUCGUCUUGUGGUGGUUUUAGUGAUCGAUUGCGUGGUAUUGUCUCAGUCUUUAUUCUCGCUCGAUUGUUAAAUCGUCGUUUCAUGAUUGACAUGAAUUAUCCUUGCCCGGUGACCCAAGCACUUCUACCAAGUCUUGUUGAUUGGAUAUAUGUACCUCAUAAACAGUCAACCAAUCAUAGUCGUUUAACAAUUAAGGAAGUGCCUGCAUGGCCAAUCAAGACUGAAAUAUCGAUGGCACACAUAAUCACAUACCAUGAUUUUCUCACAAUUUGGUCUACCUAUGAGGAAAUAUGGAUAUCGACAAACGGUGAUUUUGUGGCAUCGGCAUUUCGUAAUCCCUUCGCAUCAAAUGCUUCUCGAAUACUACUUGGACGUUUUCCCCUUGUUGAAGCGACUAUGGAAACGUUGUUUCCUCUUGUUUUUGAUUUUUUGUUUAAACCGACUGCGUCUGUUCAAAAUCGUGUCGAACAAAUCUUGAUUGAAUCGCAUCGUCGGCACCUCAUCUGUUUACACAUUCGCAUGGGUAAAAAUCCGUCGAAUCCAUCUGAUCGUGCUUUUCCAGUCAGAGUUCAUACAGCAGAAGACAUGCUAAAAUUUGUUGAUACAUAUUCGGCGAAUAACAACUCCAAACCAUUGGUCUUUGUCACAUCCGACAGUAGUGAAGCGGUUGGAACAGUCUUGCGUCAUUUCCCCAAGUCAUCUAUGACUGUGGUUGGCCCAAUACUUCAUGUUGAUAAAGCCAAUGGUCAAGCGUCCGUUAUUUCGAAUGGUUUUAUGAAAGUUAUUACAGACUUCUAUCUUCUAGGUGAAUGUCAAACAUCUAUUUUGUCUCGGAGUGGUUUCUCUGUCUUGGCUAAUCGACGAAGAAAAAUUCCUAACGAAAAUCUUUACUUCUACGAUGAAAAUUCAAGAACUAUUAGAAAAGGAUAA